CUCUUUUGGAUUAGUUUCCAUCUUGAUCACAUCUUGCAAGGUUGAAACAAUAACUAAUAGUAAAAAUGGCAGAUAAUCUCGAUGACUCACAUUUUGAAACUGGAGACUCUGGAGCCUCUGCAACUUAUCCUAUGCAAUGCUCAGCCCUACGUAAAAACGGUUUCGUAAUGUUGAAGUCUAGACCAUGUAAGAUUGUUGAAAUGUCCACAUCCAAAACUGGCAAACACGGUCAUGCUAAAGUUCACUUGGUUGGUAUUGAUAUCUUCUCUGGUAAAAAAUAUGAAGAUAUUUGUCCCUCUACACACAACAUGGAUGUACCUCACGUUAAACGUGAAGAUUAUCAGUUGACAGAUAUUUCUGAUGAUGACUAUUUAUCCCUUAUGUCUGAUAAUGGUGAAUUACGUGAAGAUUUAAAAGUUCCAGAUGGUGAAGUUGGAGCUCAAGUACGCUCAGAACAUGCUGCUGGCAAGGAUAUAUUAUGUACUGUACUGAAGUCAUGUGGUGAAGAAGUCGUUAUUGCAGUAAAAACAAAUACUGCUCUUGAUAAAUAAUAAUAGCCGGUUGUAAGACAGCGGGGUCGAGAACGCAGGCGUCAUCCUUUGUCUACUGGGGAUCCCCGCUUUUAUAUUUUAUGAAUAUAUUUAUCAUAUUGGACCAUCAGUUAUUAAACAAAUAAAGCUUAUCUAACGCCCGACGCCCUGUCAACCGGCAUCCGACGUUGAUGUGGUGUAAUUUUACAUCUAUCUGUAAUUUGUUGGCAAAAUUGCAAAGCUACAUUUUCGUUCAAUAAAUCGUAAUUUAAUUUU